UUAGUCUGUCUCUUUCACGCUACAAGCAAAUAAUUCCCCUUCUGCUUUCUUCCGUACUGUUUUCAUAUACCGCUCCCCUAACCAACUUAGUGACGAAACGGCCUCACCUAGUACCAUAGACCCGUCUUGGUCAGAACAAGUUCGCUGAAAUAUCGUUUAUGGUUGUUUAUGUUGUUUGGCGCCAAAAUAUUCGUAUAAUUUGUAAUUAUUCGAUUAGUUGCGCAAGUAUAUUAUUGAAUACGCGAACUUCCAUUUGAAAAGAUUAUUUGAUUACUAUUUAUAAUGCCGGAAUCAGCCGAAUGUCGCAAAGUAGAAGACAAAUUCAACCCAGAUUCGUUGCAGGAUUUGCUUCCCAUCUACUACAAACGACUCUUUCCGCAUUUGCAGUUUUACCGAUGGAUGUCCUAUGGCCUUUCUGAAGCUUCUGUCUUCACAAACCGUGAGUUUUCUUUCACGCUUCAAGAUGAUAUCUACAUUCGGUAUCAAUCGUUCGAUAACCAGUCGGAGUUGGAGAAAGAAAUUUGCCUCAAGUGUCCCUUCAAAAUCGACAUCGGUGCGGUGUAUAACGUGCGCCCGAAGGACCAUCGUGCGAGCUCCAUGAUCAAGCCAGUCCAGCGAGAGCUGGUAUUCGAUAUCGACAUGACAGAUUAUGAUGAAAUUCGAACCUGCUGCAAUGAGGCCAAUGUUUGUCCCAAGUGCUGGAAGUUCAUGACCAUAGCGUGUAAAGUUAUCGAUACUGCCCUUCGUGAAGAUUUCGGUUUUGAGCACAUGCUGUGGGUGUUCAGUGGGCGUCGAGGUAUCCAUUGUUGGGUUUGCGAUAAAACCGCACGUCAUUUGGACACAAAGGGACGAUCAUCGGUGGCGGAAUAUUUGCAUAUUUUAAUAAGCGGUGGGGAAGGAUCGGUCACGAGGGUCAGUUUGGGCGAUAGAAUGCAUCAUGCCAUCAAAAGGGCACAUCGAAUAAUUGAACCCUACUUCGAAGAGGUGUGUUUAGUUGAUCAGAACGUAUUUUCUACUCCAGAUGGACUGAGGAAACUGUUGGGCAUGGUGCAGGAUGAAGGCAUACGUCUUGAGUUGGACAAAAAAUUAAAACCGUACGAAGGUGACUCGAAGGCAAUUUGGAAAGCAUAUGAAGCAUUUUUUGAAGCACUGCGAGUGUCCGGACAGGGAAAGAAUAGAAAGCUCAAGUACAUCAUCGAAGAGACUCGGCUAGCCUUCACUUACCCAAGGAUUGAUAUAAACGUCAGUAAAGGAUUCAAUCAUUUGCUGAAGUCUCCGUUUUGUGUACAUCCCAAAACGGGAAAGGUUUGCAUUCCGUUUAACCCGAAUGUUGCCGAUAAAUUUGACCCGACUCAGGUGCCAACUAUUAGUGGUUUGUUGAAUGAGGUAAACGCUUUCGAUGACAAAAUCAACGCGGACGGCCAGGAAGAACGAUCGCGAAUCAAGGAUUAUAAGAAGACCAGUAUGUUCAAGGGUACCGUGAUUUUUGAGGAGUUUCUUCGCAGGCUGGAACAAACGUUCAAAGGGAAAGCAAUUGUGACCAGCGAUAGGAAAAUGGAAUUCUAAUAAAAAAAGGCCAAUUACAUAUCCCUAGAAGAAUCGAAGAUAAAAUUUCUGUUCGUUCUG